GUACCUACCAUUAGAAACCUAAAUUUCAACUCUCAGCCGCUCUGCAGUUCGUAACUUUCGUCAACAACAAAUGCUAACAUUAAACUUAACUUAACUUGUUCGAUAAACAUCCGAAAUCUUGAACUGAUUUCGAUUGGUCCAGAAAAAUAGUUCUAAUUUCCGACCGCUGGAUCCGUUUCAAAUGUGAACAAUUACAAACUCACUAGCAGAUGUCGUGCCUCCAUUUCCUAUCCAAUCGUCAUGGCGCCGCCCACCAAGCGUCGCCGACGAAAUGUCGCUCACACAUCGUCGGACGAUGAACAGGAAACAGCAAAACCAAAGACCAACCUAUUUUCAAAUUACCUCUUCUCUUCACCCGAAAAACCGAGUGCUUCCGCCGCAGACCCCUCUCGGGCCACUCCCACCUCGCCGAGUCCUGUUCGAAAACCGUCUCGCCCACUAGCUUCUCAACCUUCCAUUCCAGCUUCAAAGUCCCUCCAAUCAAGUAAAAAUGGACUUAAGAGCGCCAGUACAAGCCCAGAGAAACCGAAAACUCGGUCUUUCGCGAAGGGCAAGCGUGGUGAAAAAGAGAAGACGGCGGAUCUGGUGACUAUGUUUUCUCGACAGGCACAACGGGCCCCUACGGUGUCGCCGACUAAGAGAGACGACAUCAUUAGCGACCCGAUAUCCGACGAUGACAAUGUGGGGGAACAUAGGGCUUCGAGUGCCAGCCAAGUUGGUCAGAAUGCUCGUAAACGGUUCCGAGGGGCUACUCAGCAGAGUAGUAGUAGUUCGGCAAUUAUGUCGAGUCAGAAGUUUUUGAAGCCACCUCGGCCCCAACAAGACUCUAGCACGGGCGACGAACAACGGCCAUGGUCUGAGCGAUUCGGCCCGGUGAACCUGGAGGAGCUUGCGGUACAUAAAAAGAAAGUCGCGGAUGUCCGUCGGUGGCUUGAAGAUGUCAUGGCCGGUCGGAUGCGACAACGGCUGCUUAUUCUGAAGGGCGCUGCCGGGACGGGGAAGACUACUACAGUGCGGCUCCUUGCUAAGGAUAUGCACUGCGAUCUUCUCGAGUGGCGGAACCCAGUUGGCUCUCUAGGCGCGACUCAAGGUAUACAGUCAGCUUCAGCGCAGUUCGAAGAAUUCAUGGGAAGAGGAGGGAAAUUUGGACAAUUAGACACGGAUCUUGACCCGACCCCUCCAAGUACCAGCAAGAGUAGUAAUGAUGAUAAUACGAGGAAGAUCAUCCUUAUUGAGGAGUUUCCAAAUACCUUCACUCGGUCAUCGACAUCUUUAACGGGUUUUCGAAGUACUAUUUUACAGUACUUGGCCACGAAUACGCCUUCCCUCGCUUCAUUUGGUCGGCAGUCAUCCGUAGACCCUAUUACACCUAUUGUUAUGGUCAUAUCAGAGACACUCUUAACUACUACUUCGGCGUCUGCAGAUAGUUUUACCGCUCACCGGUUAUUAGGACCGGAAAUCACGCGGCAUCCCGGCUGCUGUGUUAUUGAAUUCAAUGCUAUUGCGCCCACUCUCCUUGCGGGCGCACUUGAAUUAGUGGUUCAAAAAGAAGCCCGGAAAUCUGGACGACGGCGGACACCGGGUCCACUUGUUCUUAAAAAGUUAGGCGAAAUAGGAGAUAUAAGAAGUGCAAUCUCUUCACUAGAGUUCCUGUGUCUUAAAGGCGAUACGGAUGCAGAUUGGAGUUCUAAGGUCACAUUCACAAAACCCAAGCGCGGAGCGAAAAAUGAAGUAUCCAUGACGAAAGGUGAAAUAGAAAGCCUGGAGCUUAUUUCACAGCGAGAAGCCAGCUUAGGCAUCUUCCACGCUGUUGGAAAAGUGGUUUACAAUAAGCGAGACGAACGCCCGAUGAGCCAGCAAACACCCGAAGGCCGUGCUGAAAUGCUACCUGAUUAUAUGAGUCAUUACUCGAGGCCGAAACGGUCUGAAGUUUCCGUUGAUAGCCUUAUUGACGAGACUGGUACUGAUACGCAUACCUUCAUCUCUGCCCUUCAUGAGAAUUAUGUUUUGUCUUGCGAAUCAAGUGGGCCCUCUGAUCCGAACUCAUCGCUCGACUACAUUAACAAUUGUAUCGAGUACCUCUCAGAGAGCGAUCUGCUUUCACCAUCAUGGGAUGUCUUUUUCCGAGGGCGGGGGUCUAACACAUCCUCGUUUUCGGGACGAGAUUCAGCUAGUCACACAUUAAGACAAGACGAAAUCACUUUCCAAGUUGCGACGAGGGGCCUCUUGUUCUCUCUCCCGAACCCCGUAAAACGCAUGGUAAAAUCUUCUGGACGGGGUGGUGGCGAUGCUUUCAAAAUGUUCUAUCCCACAAGUCUCAAGCUCUGGCGGGAAAAAGAGGAAUUAGAAGGUGUUGUAGACCACUGGGCGUCGACGAUCCUUAAAGGCGACGAAACUGGCCAGAAUAUCACACAAGGUGCUUCUGCGUUUAGAAGACCUAAACCAAAUGCUAGUGGUUCAGAAUGGCUAAGUAAAAGCCAGGCUUCUCAACGGAAUAAUAGUCAAUAUUCCCAAUCCCAAUCCAAGGGAUUUACACAAAGCCAAAACCAAGACCAACCAUCAACACCCCUUCUCUUUCUAGGUAGCUCAGCGCGCAACGAAUUACUCCUAGAACGGCUCCCGUACAUGGCACACAUAGCGCGCGGGCGUAGAAGCGCCGUAGGUAAUGUCCGGCUCAAGGAAAUCGAACGCGUAACCUCAUUCUCUGGGAUUGGUGAUGCGGCGGAUGAUGACGCCGUCGAUGGAGAUGAUAACCUCGAGCAAGGUGGUGAGGCAUGGGCUACGGAUAAACCGACGGAGGAGUCCUCACCACGGAAGAAGAGAGGUGGGGGUGUGGGAAUACGGCAGAGGAGCGAUGCUUCUUCGGGUGUGCCGGCGGCUGCGGUGCAGAAGUUGGUGCUGAGUGAUGAUGAUAUCGAGGACUGAGGAUUUACGGUCCUGAAUUAUGAUAUUUAUCAAGCAUACCUAACCUUAUGGGAAAAGGGAGGAGAGGAAAGGAAGUAAUAUGUACAACAUCACACAGAUAAUCCAUCUAGCUCUUGCUCGCUCACUAGUUUGGUUUCCUGGCGGAGAACCACAUAUCCGAAAAUAGAAAUGCGGCUUUCAUAUCAAGGCCGGCAAAAUCACUAUUAGGUGGUACGAACGGAUGGAAAGGCAGGUGGUUGGCGUUUUCAUAGUAUGUACUUAUACUACGGGGAAAAUUAGGUGUGGUACAUAAGUAAGGUAGAGAUUAGGGAAUAUAAGAAGGUGAAUAAAAGUUACCUAUUAAUGAAGUAUUUAUGAUUU